AUGGAAAUAUCGGAACCAACGAAAAUUGUGUUCUACGUCAGCCGAAUGUUUGGUCUAGCUCCGUACGUCAUCAAGCGUACCUCGAAGGGUCAAAUAGUGGAUUACAAACGCAACGUGCUGCUGAUGGUGUACAGUUUGUCCCUAGUGUUUUGUUUGGCCGGCCUCACGUACAAAGGGAUAUUUUUCGAUGUGACAUCCAAAAAGCCCAUACGAAUGAAAACUGCCACCUCGAAAGUGGUCACCAUUUUGGACGUAUCGGUCGUGGUGUCGGCGUGCAUCUGCGGUACGCUCAGUGGCAUCUGGGGCCUACAAUUCGUGCGAGAGUUGAACCAAAGACUAACGGAGGCGGAUGAAAUGCUGGCUCACUACACGAGUGGGCUCGUUCGCUCCAGGCAAAAACAUAAGGGCAUUCUUAUGCUCGGGUUGGUUAGUUUCAUCAUAACAGGAGCUCUGUCACUAGAUAUUUGGGUGUGGUACAGAAUCGCCGACAAGAUAAAAAAUGAGUACAGCGAUUCCAGUGCCAAUGUGCUGGGAUAUUUUCCCUUCUACUGUCUGUAUUACAUAUUGAUGAUGUUCCACGUACUGUUUGCCCAAGCAGCCCUUGGCAUCGGCAGUCGCUAUCGCGACUUAAAUCUGGCUCUCUACGAAAUGUUUCCUCAGUUCAACAAAGUGCCACAUAUAGAUAUUUCUCCCAUCGCCACAAUGAAUCUGGACGCAACGAAAAGUGUCCCUGUGGACAUCACCUUCCGCAGGGGUGUUGCCAAUGUUGUCCACGGUAAUUGUCGCCGCAACUGUUCACCAAGAAGAAUCAUCGCCGAUCUAGCGGAAAUACACGCUUCACUUUCCUACGCCAUUGUGCUCGUCUCAAAAACUUUUGGGAUUGCACUGCUAGCGGUACUCGGUUCCUGUCUAUUGCAUUUAGUAGCCACUUCGUACUUUUUGAUGGUAGAGCUUGUUGGAGACAAGGACGCCGUAUUUGCAUGGAUUCAGGCUCUGUGGCUGUUUAUCCACAUCUUCCGAUUUCUUCUUACGAUCGAACCAUGCCACAUAACUAAUGUUGAGUCCAACAGAACUAUAACCAUAAUCAGCAGCUUAAGACGCUCUUGUAAAGAUCCUGAUGUGGCCGAAAGUAUAAAUAUGUUUUGGCAACAGCUAGUUGGCAGCAACUUCUCGUUUACCGCCUGUGGUCUUUGCACAAUCGAUCGCCGUAUCAUCACCUCUUACUGUGGAGCGAUUGCUACUUAUUUGGUCAUUCUGAUACAGUUUAAAGAAGCUGAUGAUCAUUCGACAGUACCCGGAAAAGUAUCAAACUAA